CACGGAGAGCGGAGAUUCUGACUCGGAUGAUGACGACGACGACAAUGACAGUGAUGAUGUGGAGCUAACAUAUGCUCUAAUCAGAAAAGGGAAACUGCCAGUUGAAUCUCCUAAGAAGAAAAGAAUAACUGCUGAAGAUGCAGCACCAAUAAUCGCUGGCAGACCCAAAGUCUUCACCAUCAAGGAGAAAGCUAAGCCGAUAGUUGUUUCCAGCGAGACAAACUGCUCAAAGGACGACUAUGACGAGGCGGCUCAUACAAUUAUAGCGUCAAUCAACUCGAAAGAAGUCGUCAUCUGAGAGACCAGGGCAAAGGUCAAGAAUGACAAGGCUGCCAAGGCCAAGCCCCAGUCCCAAGCCAGAAAGAGCCUAAGUGACAAGGCAGACGAGCAUAUCUUUGUUGGCUGCGAUACUUUUAUCCAGAUAAGCCGAGCUGAAUCCUUAAGCACAGGAGCCGAUCUUUUCGGUUCCCGAGUAGAAGUCGCAGCAUCUGGCUCAACUGCGAAUGCACAGCCCUCUCCCAUCCACUCAAUUGCCUCUGAAAAGGCUAUUGUUUCAAAAGAACGGGACUCAACCCCCUCGCUGGUUCCUUCUGAAUCAGUUGAGCAUACAAUUGACCUAUCUCCCGAGGUCAAAACCCCUUCUUCUCUCACAUCGAGUCUAGGUGUCACAUUUCCCACAUUUUCUUCAUUUUCUAGGACAUCUACACUAUUCACUGCACAUACAGGUGCACUCACCCUGAACGCAACAACCAGAGCGCAAGCUAUGACGGUUGGAAGCCCUGCUACGCCCAUAAUGAUUCCAUCAUUAAAUGCAGGCCACACAUCAGCAAUCUUCACUGAUGCUGUGUCAACAGUUACAACCCCCGUAACUGGUCACCCUACAUUUGAAGACGUAAACGUUCUACUAAAUCGCUUCCUGGAUUCCACCAUUAAACCAUGGGUGCAAGAUGCAAUGACCGCUCUAGCACAGGUAUUUAGGACCACCCAAGCGGUUCGGUCUGAACAGACACCACCCCAACCUUCCCCUGAACCGUUCAUCUCCCAUACACAACCCAUAUCCUCCACCCCUCUAUCCCACCAAUCCAUAAACCAAAUUCCUAUCCCUUCUAUUUCUCGGGGAACCCAGGAUACAGAACCAGUAUUCUUCCCACACCCGACCACACCCUCCAUCGACCUCUCCUCCCUAUCCUUUGACACACUAGCUUCGGCUUUGCUGAACAAUCUCUUAAAUACCCCAGAAGACAACCUCACUUUUCAUCAGCAAGCCAUACUAGAAGCUCUUCUUUCCUCACCCGAAACCAAGAGUACUUGCAAGGAGAGUCUUCGUGGUCGCAAACGUUCCCAUGAGGACCCCGAUGAUUCGGAUCCUCAUGAGGGGGAGAACAAGCGACCUCGAUCACUUGAGCAAACUGCUCUACCAAGCCAAACUCCACAGCCAAUUCAACCUGAAACCUCAACAAACCAACAGCCACCAUCCACAGCCAAACUAUCUAGCAUGGUCGAGCUAGAAAUAACAUCCCGAGGCGUAUCUCCCAGAGAUACCAACCGAGGAGGGGAUGGAAGUCCUGAUGAUGUUACCACUGGUACAUCUUCUCCAUCAGGCCAUCAGUUGGAACCCAGUUCUAAGUUGAUGUCAACGGGCAAUCCUAGUGAACCCGGUAGUGCUACACAGGAACAAUCACCGCCUGAACAAAGAAUUCCAUAUAUUUCUCCAGGCAAAGACAUCCAUGAUGCACUUGAAGAGGCGGUGAUAUACGACAAAUGGCCAAGAAAAUGGACAGAAUGGGAUGAUCUUCGGGUUGAAGCCGAGCAAGAGGACAUGCAAAGAAACUGGUGGCUACGAGAGCUGAUCAACAAAUGCUCUGAAGAUAUUAUACGGCUCGAGGACGAUGAACGCAAGGAAGGGGAGAAUUACAAGGAAUCCCAGAAGACUCAUGAAUCAGUCGUAAGACAAACAGCGGGAAGACUUCCCAAGACAGAGAAACCCUGGGAUAAUGUUCGUAUCAAAGCCCCCUUCCAAGAAGAAAUCAGAGAGCAUAUCUGGCGUAGACCAGACAAAGUCAAGCCACUGAACGAACUGAAGCUAAGAGGCCUUACUCACUUGAAAGGAAAGCAGGUUGGAGGUCAUCUGCAUAUGUUGCUGCAAAGGUCAACCGGUACACAGAGAGAACUAAUGGAACAAGAUCUGAAGUCGAAUAUUCUCCCGAUUCAUCAAUUUCUACAAGUGAAGGCUGAAGACUAUCAUGGAGUAACAUUCUACACUUACAGACUUCAACGCACCGAUGGGAGCGAAUUCACUUGUCAAGAGAACGACUUCAUCAUGCUGAAACCGGAUGACAUCUACCAAAUGCUCAUGGCCUACAGAUACCUUCCAGUCAGGCAGAGCAUAGUAUACAGCGAAGGCCUCGCAGCUAUCAAGAGAUUCAUGCUUAGACAGAUCCGAGUACACUCUUCACAUGACCUACAGAUGGCUAUUGAAUGCAAUCUGAA